CUUGAACUCCCACGACUGGUAUAUCACAACCCCAGAUGUUGACGCCAAGACAACCGCAAGCCCGCUUCGACAUUUACUGUAACGAAGAUGUCGUUAUUUGGUGGUAGCGCUCCGCCACCACCCUCUUCCUACGAAACCGCAACCUCGUCAUCUCCCUCUGCGCGCUCAUCUUCGUCAGUCGAGGAGAUCGCGGACCCGCGCAACGCGCAACAAGUACAAACUGCCGAAAUUCCGAUUUCUUUAGACGUGAACGAUGACCUUGAUACCGAUAGCGAGUCAGCAAGGGACGAGUCAGAGGAUGAUGAGGACGAUGAUGAGGUACCGGCGCGCCCGAAUCGCUUUCUUGGACCGCCCCAAACAUGGCAGAGCUACACCGAAGCGGAUCGCCAGAUAGCCGACUCCCUCGAUCAGCUGCAAGAGACAGAUCUCUCCGUACACCUAUAUAACGCGCAUGCGCUCAAGCGGCGAUUACGACGGCCCCCGGAAGACACGGCGCAGGUCAAGAACUGGCAGAGUAGGGACAACUGGCUCAAGACUGGACAGGACCUUGAACACGUGGAUGCGGCAGGGCUCUUGCAGACGGCUGUUGUGCCUUCCAAGGAGUGGACGGCAUGGCCAGUCCCUCCAGACGAAGAGUCGGGCGGCAAUGUGGACGAUGGGACGACGGGAAGCGCAAACACAGAGGACGCAGGAGACGAACUGAGAGAGGAACUUCUAGCUGUUUUUCUGCGACUGGCUAAAGAGAGGUGGAACUCACGCGAAACGCCCUCGUCUGAAUCCGACGUGGGAAACCACACAUCAGCUUCACAAAGCAGAUCUCGAUCACAAAGCGCCAGUACUGCGAAGCCGAACAAUCUUACUAAGGUUGGAACCAGGACAGACGAUGUUGACGACGGCAACGACACCGAACGCGAUCAUGCGACUGGGAAGAAACGCGGCAGAAAACCUCGUACUGAGACGCUCAUAGAGCCGACUCUAUUAGCGGACGAUGCGAGGGCACAGCAACUUCUCCAGCCGACUAUCCAGAACAUGAUGGGGAAGCUAGACGAGCUCGCCCUGGCCAUCCGCCGAACGCGUGUCAACCACUUCGGUCGUGGAGAGCCAGGCGAUUCCUCCAUGAGCGAAUACACGUCAGGUGCAGAGUCGAGCGGUCCGAGAUCAAGGUCUACAUCGAGAGCCCGGUCGAAGAGUGUGACAAGCCGCAGAUCUAGCACUGGACCACCUUCGCGCGCAAAGUCCAGAGAGGUUGAUCGCACAGUACGACAAAAGACAAAAGCGGCCAGAAAGGCAAUAGAUGAGAGAGAGCUUGCCGGUGACGAUGACAUCUCAAGCGGAGGAUCUGACUGGGGAAAGUCCAAUAAAAUCCCUCGCGAACGGAAGCGUCGCAGAUCCUCAAGCAGUAUGAGUGAUAGCGAUAGUUCAGGGGACGAAGGCAUACUAAGGGAAGGGCUUUUAGAUUGGAGUGAAGUGCUCGGUCUAGCAGCUGUACAAGGCUGGAACGAAGGAGCUGUCGCACGUACAGCCCAGCGCUGCGCAACUCUAUUCGGCGAGGGCAUGUCCUUCAUGCCCUUCCACGAAGCCCUCACCUCAAAGACUGUCCCCGAACCCGUGUCAUACACACCAUCAACCAUACCGCCCCCGACCAUGCACUCUAUCUCACAGCCUCCGCCACCCAAGCGCCCCUUUUUUCAAAUCGGCACACUGCGCUGCCCGCAUGCAGAUUGCUGGGGGCACGAGAAAGACUUUGCUCUGCCCUACCGUGUGAUCGAGCAUUGCAUGCGAGUUCAUGGCUACGACCCUAGGACUAAUGACUCUGAUAAUGAAGAGCGGACGGUUGGUGGGGUGCAUAUUGAUGGGUUCUUGCAGCCUAUUACAGCAAAGCAGGGCUGGCUGGGGAAUGGAAGGGUGAAGGCUGGAAAGGUUAGUAAGAGGUCGAGGACGGGACAGAGUAGUAGUCGGGGGGUAUCGGAGGCGGCUUUGAGUGCUGGAGAGUAAGUUGUUUAACGAUAGAGUCUGAUGAAUGCGAUAUCUCUCAUCCGAAAGUACUCUUGUGUAUGUAUCAAAUAGUAUGUAUGCAUCGCAGAAAUCGUCAGUGGCUGAUCGCUCUGCGUUAAUGAUCUUAGUACCUGCGGAUGAAGUGUAAAGUAAUCAUCGUAUCAGCUGUUCAUAGAGAUGUAUCCGUUUAUGAUUGAUGGCGGGAUCGCAUUUGAUCUGCAC